GGCCUCUGGACUUGACACACAAAAUACGCGAUCACGUGUGAAUAUGCUGGGUGGCUGGACAAUCGACAGCUCCGCCGUAAAGCGCGUUGUUCCAAUGUUCUUACAUUUCUCCCGAACUUAUUUGCGAUAAAACGAAGCUCAUAAGAAGAAAUUACUGAUGGCCUCCGAAGGUAAUUCUUGGCGGCAGUCCAAACCGGCGAAUUUGCUCAGUUUGCUGACCUACUAUCCGGUAUGGGGCACUCUCUUGUCAUAUUUAUGCCUGGCCGACUUCUUGGUGCUGUUCCAAGUGAGCAAAGGAAUCCGCCGCAAGCUCAAGGACAACCUAGGACGGAAAUGCUUGAACAUUGACAUCCUACUGAGCAACUUCGUAACCCACCCUGAUAUAUUCCGAUCUCAGCUAGGAAAGCACGAUGCCUUGAUCUCAGGAGGGUUCGCCCUUAAUUUCUUCGAGUUGAGCCGUUGGACAGUACUAAAUAUGGACGUUUUCGUCCCAUCUGGGGUCCACGCGACUGAGUUCACAGACUACAUAUGCAAACAUGAGGGUUAUAAGGCAAGCGAGGAAUACAGCCAGGAAGCUGAGACAGGUCGAGGUCAUUUCAACUUCAACAGUGGCAAGCGGCCCGGCAAAACCCUUCGAGUAACAGUGACAGAUGGGCCCCCAAUUCAAACUAUUCUUGAUUCCUCGUACACAACAGCGAGCAUCAAUUUCAUCACAUGGAAUAAGGCGUACUCGAUCUUCCCUAUACAAACCGUUAUCCAUCACAAACUCUAUGCACUUAAGCCUAUGGAUGAGGACUUUGGCUCAGUCCUGAAUGAGCUGAGCAAUCAAGGCUGGACGACUCGAGAUAUCAUAUGGCCGGAAUUAGCUGCGGAUGCUCAGUCCCAUGAAAUUAGUGGCUAUCGCCGAGUCGGUGAUCAAUCCACUUUGGUUAUCCUGCUGCAUACCUAUAACGUCCAGAAAGCAUCGACACCGGAUUCCGUGACCGAGUAUGCUCAGUUUGAAGUCUCUACAAACUCUGUACCACCAUUCUUUGAACAGGACCGCUUGCCGAAUACACAGAUUCAAUUGCAGCGGUUAGUAUCACCUGCUUUGCGCUAUGAAUACACGUUUGGCAAAAGUUCAUGGCAUGAUUUUGUGUCCAAAAGACUACAACGCUGGGCCUGGGUCGAGCUGUAUAAACUGGAACCGGGAAAGCGUCCCUUACAGUUCACGGAUGGCAUUCCGCACUACUUUAAUAUUUCCUUUCUACAAGACUUUCAGACGCCGGAGACUUGGGACUACGCUGAUGAUCAAAUUCCCGCAUGGUAUCUAGAAUGGGAGCAAAUUACGAUAGACAGAUCAGACAGAAAGGGUCGAAGCCGACAUCAAGGUCGUCAUAUCUUGUAACCGAACGUAGCACAUUCACGUCGCGCUUUAGCAGAGGUAACGAAUUACGCGCCCUGAGGUAUAUGCUAAGCCGUAAGCAGAAUGAGAGUAGGUUUCGUCAGUGUAAGGGUCUCACUGUAGGGAAUCUCCAAUCGUGAGGCAAACAUUGAAUUGUUGCUAUGAAGGAGGAAUCUAUCUAAAGUGUGCGAGGCGUUAUGUCCUGAUGCUGCACAGCAAACGGGCCACAAGGCAUCCAGGUCCGCGGACCUCUGAUCCAUCACAGUCAGAGUUGGUACACUGUUAUAGAGAGAUUAGGGUUUCACGUUGUUUGGAGAACCAUCUUGAGCGCCUGGGGCUUUCUGGCUCCGUUCUUAGACUGCGGCUGAGUGUUUGUGGGA